AUGAGCGAAUGCGGACUCGAGCGUCAUGAUACACGCAUCACGCAUCUUGAUUUACUUGGCUUUGUUUCCAUUCCUCCUCACGCUCGUACAAACUCACAUGUUACUCAUUUGAUUCAGCAUUUCCAAACCCAUUGCGCCGAAACCCCCCCAAGCCGAGCGCUUACCACCAUCAUGGCCUACGUUGUGCCUAUUCACGGCGCGAGUGCUGUUCGACAUGCUGUGAAGCUCAACUUCUUCUCCCCGGAUGAAGAUUGUCUAGUUGUGGCCAAGUCAAAUCGUCUCGAGUAUUACACGCUCACACCGGAUGGUCUCACUCUCACGGCAACCUCCAGGCUGUUUGCGCAAAUUCACAUGCUAGCAAGACUACCGGCACCCGCAAGCUCACAUACCGAUCACCUCUUCAUCGGCACCGAUCAAGAUAAUUACUUCACCGUGGCAUGGGAUUCAAGAAGUCAAGAAAUCUACACAGCGCGAAGCUGCGUCGAUAUUGCCGAGCCAUCCUCAAGGUCAUCUCACUGUUCCCCGCGUUGCCUGGUUGACCCUACUGGCCGAUUCAUGACACUUGAGAUCUACGAGGGGGUGAUCGUGGUGGUGCCAAUUGUGCAGCCUACGAAGAAGCGAGGCCGGGUAUCAACAGCUGCAGUUGAUAAUUCCCCCAAGGUGGGGGAACUCUCCAAGCCGACCACGUCACGCAUCGAUGAACUCGUCGUCAGAUCCUCUGCUUUCCUGCACUCCGAAUCAAAUCCGUGGCUAGCACUACUGUAUGAGGAUAACGCGCAGAAGGUGCGUCUUAGGAUCCGUGAGUUGGAAUUUACUCCUGGGUCCUCAUCGGGAUCUCCCCCAGAGGCUACAUUCAACGAGGUCCAAGACCUUGAAGGGGGGCAAUUCGGACAAGAGCUUGACCUUGGCUCCUCACACUUGAUUCCAAUUCCCGCACCGCUGGGUGGUUUGAUUGUUCUCGGCGAGACGACCAUCAAAUAUAUCGACGAUAACGCCAAUAAUGUCCUCACUCGGAACCUCGAUGAGGCGGCUGUCUUUGUUGCCUGGGAGAAGAUUGAUAGCCAGCGUUGGCUUUUGGCUGAUGACUACGGGCGACUCUCUUGUCUUUCGUUUAUUUUGAAUAAUCAGGGAGAGAUUGAUGACUGGAAACUCGAUCAACUCGGCACCACCACUCGCGCGGGGGUCCUGGUCUAUCUUGGUGGUGGAAUGCUGUUUGUUGGCUCUUAUCAUGGCGACUCACAAGUGCUUCAGUUGAAUGAUAGCUCUUUCGAGGUCAUCCAGGUCCUGUCCAACAUCGGACCUAUCCUCGAUUUCACAGUCAUGGACCUUGGAAACCGCACCAACGUGACCCAGACCCAUGAAUUCUCAUCUGGGCAGGCUCGCAUUGUGACUGGGUCUGGUGCAUUUAGCGAUGGUACCCUGCGAAGCGUACGCAGUGGGGUUGGUAUGGAGGAACUCGGCUUGUUGGGCGAAAUGGAGCACAUCACGGGUCUCUGGGGUCUGCAAACCCAGAGUCACACCAAUGGUGAUUGUUUGGAUACCCUGAUUGUUACAUUUGUGGAUGAAACCCGUGUUUUCCGUUUUAGCCCUGACGGUGAAGUCGAGGAACUAGAUCAAUUCCUUGGGCUUGCACUGACAGAGAACACCCUGUUGACCGCGCGUCUUCCUGGCGAUCGAAUACUCCAAGUCACGGAAAAGCGAGUGCUGAUCGCCGACCUCGAAAGUGGCAUGCUCACUUUUGAAUGGGAGCCUCAGACUCACAAACACAAGCUGAUCACCGCUGCCUCUGCCAACGAGGAUAAUCUCAUUUUGGUUGUCGGUGGCCGUAUUGUCGCUUCUUUUGACCUCCAGGACAAUGUCAAGUUCAUCGCGGAUAAAGACUUCGGCGAUGACCAGCAGAUUUCUGGCUUGACCGUCCCUUCUGAGCCACAGGGAAUAUUCAUCGCUGCAUUCCCGCAAUCGGCUCAGGUGUCUGUUUUCGCCAUCGCUGACUUGGCUGAAAUCCACACGAAGUCACUCGGGCCUGCUGGAGAAAGCUUCCCACGAUCAGUUCUUGUGGCUCAAGUACUGGCUGAUAGCCCGCCGACCCUGUUUGUCUCCAUGGCAGAUGGCUGCGUUGUAACCUUUGCCUUGAACCCAGAGGACAAAUCACUCAGUGGGGACACCAAGCUUGUCCUCGGCUCUGAACAGCCGAUCUUCAAGAAACUACCAAAGGGAGAUGGUUUGUACAAUGUUUUCGCCACCUGCGAGAAUCCAAGCCUGAUUUACGGCUCGGAGGGUCGCAUCAUCUACUCUGCCGUGAACUCCGAAGGAGCGACGCGAAUCUGCCACCUGAAUGCAGAGGCAUUCCCCGACGCUAUUGCGGUGGCCACCGAAAGAGAGCUCAAGAUUGCACUGGUGGAUAAGGAACGCACGACACAGAUCCAAACUCUACCCAUGAACUCAACUGUUCGACGUGUUGCAUAUUCGCCUUCCGAGAAGGCAUUUGGGCUUGGUACCAUUGAGCGCACGUUCACAGGUGGUGAUGAGGAUGUCAAAAGUCACUUUGUUCUCGCUGACGAGAUCCUGUUUGGACGGCUUGAUUCUGUUGAACUGGGCGCAAACGAGCUCAUUGAGAGUGUUAUUCGAGCGGAAGUAUCUGCUGGCAAAGAUGAACACGGCAGACCCGCUUCCAGAGACCGAUUUAUCGUCGGUACUGCAUUCACGGAAGGUGAUACGGAUGCUGUGGGUGGACGGAUUCUUGUUUUGGAAGUCGAUCAUGGUCGGAAGCUCACUCAGGUUGCUGAGUUGCGGGUUCGGGGUGCUUGUCGGGGCCUUGCCAUUAUGGGCGAUUGCAUCGUGGCAGCCCUCAUGAAAACGGUUGUUGUUUACAAGAUGAAAACCAACAACGUUGGACCGAUGAAAUUGGAGAAACUUGCCUCGUACCGGACCUCCACCGCACCGGUUGACAUCAUCGUCGUUGGAAAUAUGAUUGCUGUGGCAGACUUGAUGAAGAGUCUGAGUCUUAUUCGAUAUGACCAGGGCAAGAACGGCGAGCCCGAUAGCCUUUCAGAAGUCGGCCGCCACUAUCAAACCGUGUGGUCUACCGCUGUCGCCUCUUUAGAUGACGAGACGUUCCUCCUGAGUGACGCCGAGGGCAAUCUUAUUGUGCUUUCUUCAAACAAGGAAGGUGUCACCACCCAGGACAAGCAUCGUUUGGUUGCGACUAGCGAGAUCUCGCUAGGUCAGAUGGUAAAUCGAAUUCGCCCGGUGGACAUUCCUCACCUCGCGAGUGUGGCAGUAACACCACGCGCUUUCAUGGGAACAGUCGAGGGGUCAAUAUACCUUUUUGCGGAGAUCAACCCGGACCACCAAGACUUCCUCAUGAGACUUCAAGCUGUGCUCUCUACGAAGAUCAAAUCCCUGGGCGAUCUUUCAUUUGACAGGUUCCGUGGUUUCCGCACCUUGGUCCGCAAAGCCGAUGCGCCAUACCGAUUCGUUGAUGGUGAGCUCAUUGAGGAGUUCUUGGGCUGCUCUCCGAGUAUGCAGCAGGAGAUUGUCGAUGAGGUUGGAUCUGAUGAUGUCGAAGGGGUCAAGCGGAUGAUUGAGGCAUUGCGUCGGCUUCACUAA